GUCAGUCACAUCAUCAUCAUCAUCACCAACGUAAACAUUGACGAUGUUCCUCUGUUGUAUAUUCAUCAUUUGAGGCUGACAAGUAAAUUAUAGCAGCGAAAACUAGGAGUGCCUGAGUUGUUAGAAAAGUACAAAAAUGUACCCAGCCAGUCCAAAGUUGGGUUUGGCACACCUUGGUGCAUCCACAUUCUUUGCCUCUGCUCACCCAAGUGAGUCUUGUGGCAGCAAUGGCUUGCCGCUCACACCGAAUUCAAUUAGAAUCUAUGGGCGUGCACAAGCCUUGCACCUCAUCAACCAUCCCCACUUAUGCUCUUAUGUGGAUAUUCACAGGGGAAAACAUGAGAGAAUUAUGGUGAUACAAGAAUAUUAUCUAAUGAACUUACGGACAGCUGUACAGAAGUAUCCAGAAAUUAGGAGUCACCGGGGUCUUGCUCGAGUAGCUCAUCAGGUGAUUCAAGGACUUGUGUACCUUAACAAUUUUGGAACUGUCAACUGUAAUUUAAGUCCAGAUAACAUCUUGAUUGAUCCAUGUGGUCAAGCCAAGUUAUAUAAUUAUGGUCUAUUUUAUAUGACAGAAGCUGGUACUGCAGUUUCCUUCCCUCUUGGGAGCAUUCAGUAUACAGCACCAGAGAUCCUGCUGCAGGGAUGGAACCAGGAAGGAGGAACUGGUGGGGCUACAGUAACUGGUAAUCCAGCAUGGGAUGUUUGGUCUCUUGGCAUAAUCAUGGCUGAGAUGAUAAUGGGAUGCUCACUUUUCACUAGGUGUGAAAAUGUAAAACAAUUAGUGUCUGAAGUGUUAAGACUAUCUAUGGCAAGUGAUCCACUCCUCUACUUGGCACAAACUCAUGAUACUGUUGCAAAGAUUGAUGCCUUAUCUGAUGAAAUGAGAACCUUCCUACGCCUCUGCCUGACAGUAGACUCAGAAGAUCGACCAGUACCCCGCAAUCUUCUGUCUCACUCACUUUUCCGGCCCUUUGUUAUUUCAGCCUCUCUCAUACCUGUUCCCCCUCAUUUCCCAGUUAUUGAGCCCUCGCUCUGCUUAGUAGAUUUUGCACACUACAAGGCCAAGUUAGGAGCGAUGGAACAUGAGGGAGAUUUACUUAAAGAUUAUCCACUAACGCCUGACAAUGACUUUCUUCAAGAAGGUGAAAGACCUGAACUUAGAGGGGGCAAGAGAGACAAGUUGAGUGAGCGUCCUUUGAGGGAAGUGUACCAUCUAUGGCAGUUGGCCGGGGGUAAUGUAGAACAAGAACUCAAGAAGCAGAAACUUGUUCGAAUCAAACCAGCCAUACUUACACUCCCCAGUGUGAUGGUGGUGGAAGGAGAAUUUUUUGGUGGAGGUCUUCACCGACGUCAGCUGCUAGAGAGCAAGACCAUCAUCUUACCACUACACAACUUGAGACACAGAUUGGCUCAUAUACCUCCAGAGAAGUAUUAUCCUCUCAUCACCCAAGGGGAAUGUGGUACAGACGAACUAGAAACCAGUCAGCUUCCACUGGUGAUACGAGAACGAGAUGUUGAGUACCAAUUCCAUCGUCUUCUUAUUUUUGAGAGAUUAUUACAGUCAUACCCAUUCAAAGCAGAAAGUAUCCUGCGAGAAGCCAGAAAGGACACUCUUCCAUUCUACCGAGCACUGGUGUGGGCCUCACUUCUUGGUGUUGAUGGUGCUGUAGCGCAUACUUACCAACAAAUUGACAAGGAAACUCCUACGCCAACAGACAGACAGAUUGAGGUGGAUAUUCCACGAUGCCACCAGUACGAUGAAUUGCUAUCAUCACCACAGGGACAUGUUAAGUUUACACGUGUUCUGAAGGCCUGGGUAGUGUCGCAUCCUCAUUUGGUGUAUUGGCAAGGACUGGAUUCUCUUUGUGCACCAUUUCUUUACCUCAACUUUAACAAUGAAGCUCUGGCAUACGCCUGUUUGUCCAAGUUUAUCGACAAGUACCUGCACAAGUUUUUCUUGAGGGACAACAGUGCUGUGAUACAAGAAUACCUGGCCAAGUUUUCCCAUAUGAUCGCUUUCCAUGAUCCACAACUUUUUAACCAUCUGGAUAACAUUGGCUUCAUUCCUGAGUUGUAUGCCAUUCCAUGGUUUCUCACUAUGUACACACAUGUUUUUCCACUGCAAAAGAUCUUCCUGUUAUGGGAUACUCUUCUAUUAGGAGAAGCAUCACUGCCAUUAUGCAUAGGUGUGGCACUUCUGCAGCAGUUGAAAGAUAGACUACUUCAGUUUGGAUUCAAUGAAUGCAUCCUUCUCUUUUCUGAUAUGCCAGAUAUUGACAUGGAACGUGUUGUACGUGAAUCAGUACAAGUAUUUUGUUCUACACCUCCGUCUGUCACGUAUCGUCAGCAUGAGCGACCCAAACCAGACCCAAGCAAACGUAGCUCACCUUCACCACACCUUAGUCAAGCCAGUCAAGACUUGGUAAUGGAUGCUGUGCCAGUAGCAGAGCUCAAACAAGAGAAAUGCCCUCGAGCCUGUGGUGCUGACUUAUUAGAGCUUUUAGCUCACAAGAAGAGUCGAAGUGGCCGAGCCAAGGUCUUGGUGGUAGAUAUUCGACCAUCUGAUGAAUUUGCCCAUGGUACAUUAGCAGAUGCUAUAAAUUUACCUGCUGAAUCUUCUAUAACCCAUGAAGGUUUGUUGGUUCCUGGACCCCAAAGUGAUGUGCUUAAUUCCUACCGUGGCAAAAUUAUAUGUGUUAUGGGUUCAAGACACAACUGGGAACAUGUAAUAAAGUUUGCAGAGAGCCUUGUGGCACAAGAAUUUCCACGAGUGUGUACACUACAUCAAGGUGUGGAAGUAUUUCGUGCCUCUGGAGCAUUAGUUGUGCCAUCCUGAACUUUGUUACUUUCAUUUCAGUGUAAUGAGAAAGUG